GAAGAAAAGAUAGCAGCUGUUGCCCCCCUCAAAGAAGAACGAGAGAAACUCGCGAACACCAAGGAGGAGUUGUUGAAGAAGAAAAAUGAAGCUGUCGAACGAGAGACGCAGUUGAAAGAUAAGCAUAAUGAGGCUUGGCAAGCACAAAAACUCGAGAAGAAGAAAGAAAGAGCCAAUAAGUUGUUCAAAGAGAUUGAUAUAAACGGCGAUGGGAAAAUAACUUUGGAUGAACUGAAGAAAAUUGAAUAUCUAGAUAAUGAUCACGAUGGGACGGUUUCCGAUGAUGAGGCUAAGGUAAGCUCCUGA